AUGUCACAUCGCGGUGAAUCUCUCCAUCGAGAUGUUUGCUGUAUUGAUGAUAUCAAGAAAUUGGCCUCUAUGAAGCUCACCAAGAUGGUGAGAGAUUAUUACAAUGAGGGUGCCAUGGACAUGAUCACCCUGCGAGAAAACGAAUCCGCCUUUGAUCGCUACAAAAUCCGCCCUCGAAUUCUCGUCAACGUCGACAACAUCGAUACAACCACCGAAAUCCUUGGAAGCAAGGUGUCUCUCCCCUUCGGUUUCAGUCCCGCUGCCUCGCACAAGCUCGCACACCCAGACGGCGAACUCGCAACUUCCCGUGCCGCCGCAAAGUAUGGCAUUUUUAUGGGUCUGUCCUCGUAUGCGACGUGUGCCCUGGAAGAUGUCAUCGCACAGGGUUUGGAGAACCCCUAUGCGAUGCAGAUGUGUGUGUUGAAGGAUCGGUCGAUUACGAUUCAGCUGCUGGAGCGUGCGGAGAAGGCUGGUUAUAAGGCAUUGUUCCUAUCUGUGGAUGUGCCCGUACUUGGAAAGCGAUUGAAUGAGUACCGCAAUGAAUUCCGCAUCCCGGAGGAUAUGGAGUACCCCAACAUUCUCAGCAGUGGAGGUGAUACCUCUGACCGAACGAAUUAUGACCCGAGCCUGGAUUGGGAGACUGCGCUUCCCUGGCUGCGAAAGCAUACCUCGCUGCCGAUUUGGCUCAAAGGAGUAUGCUCCCCCGAAGAUGUAGAACUGGCCAUCAAGCACGGCAUUGACGGAGUCGUGAUUUCCAACCACGGCGGUCGCCAGCUUGACGGUAUGCCGUCAACUCUCGACGCUCUCCGAGUAUGUGCGCCGGUUGCUCGAGGACGGAUCCCAAUCACCAUUGAUGGUGGUAUCCGUCGUGGUUCGGAUAUCUUCAAGGCGCUGGCACUGGGAGCCAGCUAUUGUUUCCUGGGUCGGAUUCCCAUCUGGGGCUUGGCCUAUGAUGGACAAGAAGGUGUCGAGUUGGCGAUCAAGAUUCUGCGCCAAGAAUUGCGGAUUACCAUGGCGUUGGCAGGAUGCCGCACGAUCCAAGACAUUCAGAAAUGCUAUCUAUCGGUAUUGCAGCCUGAUGGCAUUCUGGCCAAAUUGUAG